CAAAAACAGUAGCGCGCUCAUAAGAGGAAGAAACAAUCUGAUACCUCGUAUCUACCCCUAGAUAUCCUCAUCCCUUCUUUACUUCUUCCGCACAGCGGUUUCAAUCUUUUCAAUCUUCAGAGCAAGAAGCAAGUAAAAUUUCCUUCUUUUCCCCCUCUUCCUCGUUGCUGAGUGAUUCUCGAAACUAUCAUGGCGAUCUCCUCAAAUUCAAACAGAUCUCCGUCUCCUAAUUCAAGCAGAACGAACCCUAAUUCAAGAACCCAAGAAAGUACUUGCAUCAGAAAGAGUUUCAGUGGCGAUCCUUUCACCAGACCUUCCAUAGUAGCAUAUCCUAGAAGUUUCAAUCCAGUCACCCCUGCCAACAGCCCUGCAGAUUUCUCGCAAAGGAACUCAGGCCACAGGGAAGGGUCAGCAUCUCUGCGAAUUCCAGACAAGCAAAAGGAAGAUGAAAAAGACCAGAAUUUGAAGCCAGCGAGAGUAAGAUCACCAGUCGUUUCCACAGGAACGAAGAGUUUCAUGGCUCCUACGAUUUCUGCUGCUUCAAAAAUCAAUCCAGCACCCAGAAGGAAAGUGUUAACAGAGAGGAAUGAAGCUGUCAGAACUUCAUUUUCUGCUGGAAAAUCUCCCUUCACGGCUACUAAUCCUUCUGAGACAGCCGAAGAGGUCAGUUCGAAGUUAGAAACGAUUUUCAAUUCUAAGGUUCACCCAGAAAGCCCCAAAAAAUCAGAUGCGACUUUGGUGUCUCCUGCUCCUGUCGUUUUGAAGAACGAUGCCAUAGCCGAAGAGGUCAGUUCAAAGUUAGAAACGAUUUUCAAUUCUAAGGUUCACCCAGAAACCCCCAAAAAAUCAGAUGCGACUUUGGUGUCUCCUGCUCCUGUCGUUUUGAAGAACGAUGCCAACCGUAAAUCAGAAAUUUUCAAUUCUGAGGUAACCACAGAAACCCCUGACCUCUUAUUAAUUUCACCAGAGAAUAGAGAGGUUAAACCUUCUCUUUCACCGUCCCCUGUUUUAGCUCCUCUGGAAGUGGAUCCUUCUCUUCCUCCAUAUGACCCAAAAACAAACUACCUCUCCCCACGGCCUCAGUUUCUUCGUUACAAACCCAAUCCACGAAUUGACGAUUACCUCAACAAAGAGCAAGGGUUUGAUACAGGAGAGGGAAAGCAACUUUUAGAACUCUUCUCCUCUGAGAGUAGUUCAGAAACUGAAAUUACUGAAGAAUCCCAAUCUCAUAACCCUAAAAACGAAUAUGAGGAUGUUGGUUCCUCUGAGAUGGCUUCUGAAGAAGAGAAUGAGAACCAUUUUUUUGAGCAUGAACUAGACACUAGCCAAAAUCGAAACGAGGAGCUCUUGAUUAAUGAGUCUCGAAAGUUACACUUUGGGAGAUCCAAAUCCAUCCCUCUUCUUUUGAUUCUUGUGGUUGUAUGCUUAUGCUUUCCAGUAACUGAUACUCCCAUGAACUACCCCUCCCUGUUUAAAAGUCAGACCUUUAGAUUUGAUUCCCCUGCAAAAAUCACUGAACUUGCAAAAACAAAGUUUGAUGGGUUAUCCCAUGAUGUAAUGCUUUGGUCAGUCAACUCUGUAUCAUAUCUAUCCAAGCUGAUUUCCACUUCCAACAGACUGGAACAAAUUGUUCCUCUGGAAUUCGUUAACUCCACUUCCCUGGAUGGAGAAUAUUUGGCCGAUCAAAGCCGAACAGUAGAUGAUGGUGACAAUCACACAGAAAAAUGGCAAGUUGAUAAAACAAUGAAGAGUGUGGAAGAAGAGAUUGCAGAGAUACAAACUAAUGUGGAGUUUGAAGAACAACCACAGGUGGAAUUUCUGGACAAAGGUGAUUUUGUUUCUUAUACCAACAAUGAGCCAACAAGCGCUGAGGUUGCAGAGAAAUGCAGCAACAUAGAGAUUGAAGUACAACCUCUACUUCCACAGGUUUUUGAUGUGGAAUCUGACAUUUCAGAAGCGGAUUCUCUGGGUGAAAAUGAUACUGAUUUAUUUACUAACAUUGAACCAACUAAUGCAGAAGCCAUGACAAAAAGCACGGAUUCAGAUUUUUUGCACGGAAGUUCUCAUGGUCUAGAACCACCAGAAUCUUCACUUCAAGGAUCAACUUACAGGUUCCCAGUACAAAAUGUGCUGGGAAUUUCUUCGGUUCUUCUGGCACUGUUGGUAGCACCUCUUCUCUUUCUCAAACAAAACAAGGCUUCUGCUCCCAAGGUUGCUGUGCCAGUAGAGCAGCUGGUGGCGAAGAAGAAGUCCAGUUUGUGCUCAGUAUCAGCUAGCAGUGGCCAUUUAAAUCAGGAGAUGACGCCCUUACCGUUGUGGCCAGCAGAGGUUGAGAAAGUGGGAGAGUCGUGUCCGUCGGAGAUGAGCAGCUCCUUACAGGUGAGCUUAAACUGUGGCAAGAAGAAGGCUUCAGAUAGAGCUAAUGAAGUCCAGAGCCAUGAAAGAAAACCUAGAAGGAGCGCCAAAAGGGAGUCCUUGGCCUCUUCAUCAGAGUUCUCUGCUGAGUCUCCUUCAUAUGGAAGCUUUACUACAUAUGAGAAAUUCCAGAGCAAACAUGUAUCUGGAGAUGAAGGAGCAGUGACACCAGUCAGGCGUUCAAGCAGGAUCAGGAAUCAGAUCACUUCCCCAUGAAAACUAUUUGUGCAUUUAUCCUUGUCUAGUUUGAGGUUUCUCUGUCCUAGGAGGUGUGAUUUGUUUUAUUUUGGUGAAUUCGGAUGUAAUGUGAAACAAUUUAUUAAGAAAAUAUAUGAGAACAGCAUUCUGCUGUUUUUCAUUGUUUCCAUUCA